UCAACAGUGCUUGGAAGUGACAAGGUUUUAUUAAAAAUCAGAUCUGUUCCAAACCUUGAGGGAAGAAAAUCAAGUGGAAAGCUAUGGUGCAAACCGUCCUGGCACCAUGGAUGAUUGCCUUGGUCAUCUUGGCCACAGUGCUGAUCAUGGGCUUUCUCAUGUUUCUCCCUCCUGCCGUCGUGCUGUUCUGGAGAAUGAACACCUUGUCGCAGAUCUCUUUGGACGGUGCUGUGUAACCCACCUCCAUCCCACUUACUGGAAAUGCAAACCCUGGAGGCUGCUUGCAAAGCUGAAGCUUUAUCUCCCCAGUUAUCAAUAUGAAGCAACAGAUGGUCACGAUCCUGGACAGAAAGGAAAACUCCUUAUCUUGAGACAUUUGGUGCAGAGAAAUAUGUUUUCUUUUAAUCCAGCUUAAAAUGCCUUGCCGUUCAGCAGAAAAAAUGUUUUAAAGCCAGUGCAAUAUAUAUAAUUCCACAAGGGCUGUCAGGUUAGUUAGCAGGAAAACAAAGCAGGAAUCCAGUGGCACCUUUAACAAACUAUAUUCCAGUAGAAACUUUCUUGAGUCAGAGUUUAUGUCAUCAGAUGCAUUGAAGUAUAUAGCCAUUAGGCGGAUAUUUUUAUAUUCACAACUGGGGCUGCCAGGUUCCCCUCUAUUCUGUAGAGCAGAAUAAGGUUAAAAAAAUGGUGUCACGUGGUACCUUGAUAUCACUUCCAGUUCUGGGCCUGGAAGCGACAUCUCAGCAUUGAGCGAUGCUCUAGCAACUCCCCCAGAGAUUCCUAGAUGGUUGCCAAUAUCAUUUCCAGGUCCCACAGUGGAAGUGAUGUAAUGGCACCAUGCAACACUGAUUUUUGAAGUCUCUGCCCCAUCAUUGUUCUUGGAUAUACUGGGGGGGGGGGCAGGGAAUGUUGCAAAGACAUGCCCAUUUACAACAAAUUCCAAUCAAAACAGUAACUAGUUUACUCAGAGUGGGUGAAGGCCCCCCUCCAAUUCUUGAUUGAUAGGCAAAGUAGGAUUAACAGAAAAAUCUAGUGCAAAGUAACCAGAUAUACCAGGAAGUUACAGAGGGAUAGCUGGAUGAUAUAUAUAUAAGGACUUGGGUUUUCAAGAUUUUAACACCUAAAGUGAGUGAGCAAUCCAAGGUCACUGUUUUUGGGGGGAUAAAUAACCUUGAAUUUAUUAAGGAAUUCUACUUCAGCAAUUUUUGUGUUUGAUUUUUCUUUUCAAGUUCCUUUGUAGGAGAAGAGUGUCAAGGCCAGACAAACUGUAACUUUUUGAUCAACAAUAGAAUGCUCUGCAAGGUCAAAAUGUUCACUUGAUAUACAUAGCAUAGCCAUAGUGGGAUACUGGGAGUAGAAUCCUAAUAAUGCAUACACAGAAGGAAGUCCCAUUGAGUUCAAUGCAUAUUUACUUGGAAUUUAGCCUCAAUGUUUUCAAUAAUGCUUACUCCCGGGUAAGUAUCCUUAGAACUGCAGUCACAGCUGAAUUGAAUGGUAAUCACUCUUUUAAUAACAACAACAUUCAAUUUAUAUACCGCGCUUCAGGACAACUUAAUGCCCACUCAGAGCAAUUUACAAAGCGAGAUGGGCACAAACAGAAAAAAAAUAAACGUGAUGUUCGUUGUUCAUUGCCAUCCACAAACAUGGCCCUGUUCACUAACAUGUUCAUGGCUGGCUGUGUCCGGGGUCUGCAGCACGGCCCCCAGACUUGCUGGGAGAAGAAGAUGAGAGACAGCCAGGAGACAGCCACCCAGCUGCCCCAGCAGACCCCCAGGGCCUGGACCUACCUACACAGGAGGGAGGGAGAGAAGCACCCAAGCCUCAGAGGGUUAGAAGGGGCAGGUGGAGGCCAGCUAGUCCCACCCUCCAGUGGGAGGCUAGGAGGCCAAGCAGGGAGAGUGGGGUCAACCCUGAGGGGGCCAGAGCAGAGGGAGAGUGCAAAGACAGCGGGGACAGACAAACAGCAGCUGACCAAGCAGAGGCCUUACCAGCCAGGGAGGAGAAGCAGCCACAGCAGCUCAGAGCCACACCCCAGCCUACAGCCCAGCUUAGAAGGCAAUAACCUGGCUCAGGGGAUGCCCGGAGCAAAGCAACUCCAGGUGGAGCUGCCUGAGGCAUUCUGUUGGAGAAGCUGGGCAGCCAGCCAAGGGGCCACAGCUGGGCCUGCCUUGAACAAUCAGCUCAGCCAGAGAGGCUUGACAGCCAGCCAACGAGACACAGCUGUAGCAGGCCAAUGGAGCCAAAUCAGCUACCCCAGCUGCAACUGCUUGAGGCAGCCCAGGACAAUGCUGGAAGGCAAAGGAGGGGUGUGGCCUGGCAGGUGGAGCCUGGGAUGAGGGGUAGGAUAUAAGGAAAGUCCACCCACAGGGGGGGGUGGGUUGCAUAGGAGUGAUGGAGCGGGAGUGAGUAUGAGGAGGCAAGUUGAUGAAGGAGGAGAUGGAGGGGGCUGAUGGGAGCAGGUUGAGCAGGCCAGUGAGUGGACUGAGAGGGAGUCUGUGUGAUGUAUACCGCCCCUCCUUCCACAGAGCACGGUCCUGCAGUAUCCCUGACACCCCUUUGAAGUCAGAGCCAGGUAUGCCAGCGCCCUGCCCAGUGGUGACCGCGACAAGCCCUGACAGGCUGUUCGUGGGGGCCAGCAGGCUCUCCUCCAGCCAUCAUCCAAUUUGGUCAAGAUCCCUACUGCACUACUCCCAGAAACCUGACCUGAGCAGGCAGCAGGAAAGGUGCCAAUGAUAAAUAAUAGCCUGGCAGCAGCCCUGGAACUUGAAGGGGUAGAUCACUACAGCACUGCUCCCAGAAACCUUACCUGAGCAGGCAGUGGGAAAAGUACCAAUAAUAAAUAAUAGCUUGGCCCAGAGCCUGGCAUCAACCCUGGAACUUGAAGGGAAUCCCUAUCCCACCACACACAAAGAAAAUUCAAGCUCCAAUGCACUCUCUCUAUCAAAAUGCCAACAGCAACUGUCUCUCUCCCUCUCCACUGUCUGCAAACUAAGCCAGAGCUGGGAGCACCCCUCCCCCCUGGUCUUUGCUCCCCUGUAACAAAUUUGGAGCUCCACACUUGAAAGGAAGACCUGCCUAUCAAGCUAAAUUGGGCAUAGAUUGGGGUUUCCAGGGCAACAGUAGGAGUCCAGACAGAGUUCAGGCAGUCCCUGCCUCUGGUUGCCAAGGGAAUUGAUUGCAGGUGCCAGACUGUCUGGCUUGAUGAACAGCAACCAACGAGGCUUGCAACAACCCCCUGUUCAUUUAGAAUGGAACCUCACAAACAGCUUGUUCGUGAACAGCAGAUUGGGCUGUUUGUGGCUUUUUUUUGUUCAUAUUGCUGUUCGUGCCCAUCUCUAAUUAUUGUCACCACAACAAAACAUGCUGUGAGGUGGAUGGAGCUGAGAGAGCUGUUACUGCCCCAAGGUCACCCAGCUGGCUUCAAGCAAAGGAGUAAGGAAUCAAACCCGGUUCUCCAGAUUAGAGUCCCACACUCUUAACCACUGCACCAAACUAGCUUUAUUCACAUUAUGCAAACUCGAAAUAUGGUUGAACAUUUGUAAGUUUAACGAAGUUCCUUUCUUUUUUAUUUUUGAUUAUUUAUUCAGUAAGACAUGAGUUUCCUGUUUAGUUAACUCUACAGCUUUAAAUUCAGUCUUGUGUGUUGGUAUCAUGUUCUGCAAUGUCUGAAAUAAAAUAAACCAUGUAUUUUCACUUUGUUCAAAUUUUAAGGAUCCAGGUAGACAAAAUAGUUUCCGGUCUCCCCGUGCCUUAUAAAAGUAUUUUUCAGGUAAAAAUGAUGGCAUGUAGGGAAAGGAGGAGAGGCAAGCAACUUUUUCAUCUAUUUGUGGGAUAAUUUCUCCUCUGGCUGGCCGCGUGCUUGUAAACUUUAAUACUGCUGUUUUGAUUGGUUAUUGUUUUGCUGCUGGAAAUAUUCUUGAAAUGUUAUUAAUCCUUUACAAUUGUUUAAAACUAAUUGCUGUUAUUUAUUGUUUUGU